CAUUCUUGGACCUGCUGUAAACAGGUCUUGGUUAGAGUUUUUAUUCAAUGGCAUCUUCCAUUCAUUCUCUGGAAGCGAUUCAGAAAAAAAUAGAUGCUGUUAAACUCUUCCUCUCUGUUUCACUGAGCAUCGCCAAUGCCCACACUGUGGAUUUCUACACUUGCGAUGUAUGGGACCAGUUCAUGGCUGUGCCACCCGUGGAGGUCUUGACAGAGAUCACUUUGAAUGGUGACCACAAGAGGGCGCCAGAACACUACUUAAAUCAUGGCAGUGGUACCACCAAGAAGAUCACCUUUGGUUUCUGUGAUGAUAGUAAGCGCCUGGUGGAUGUAGCUGAGCUCUUGGAGGCUGCCUAUGCCCACUCCCUGCCUGGCCUCGGGGUCUGUGUGGGCCGCACAGAGCUACUGCAAUCCCUCAGACACACUGACAACGCUCAACCCCUGGAGGAAGUUCCAGCUGCUGUGGUGGAGAGUGAUGAGUUUAUGAACUCCAAGAAGUCCCACGAGGUGCAGGCCAUGUCAGAGGUGGUGAACAGCCUAGCCCAGCGCUGCCGGGUCAAACAGGUGAUUGAUGUGGGCUCGGGGAAAGGUUACCUGUGCUCCUUCCUGUCGCUGCAGUACGGCCUCCAGGUGUACGGCAUCGACUCGUCCAGCGUCAACACGCACGGCGCCCAGGAGAGGAACAGGAAGCUCAAGAAGUACUCCCGGGCCUACCAGAGGCACAGCAAAGCCAAUAGAACUCCGACAGUGAUGCCCCCCUCAGGCCAGGAGGACUUGGAGGAUAUUGCACCCGGUGAGAGAGCGAGAGGGGAUAUGGUUAAGACGAGUGGGGAUGCAGAGAAGGGGAAGGGGAGAAGAGAUGGGGAGGCACAGACCAACACAACAGGGUUAACAGAUCGGAAUGAGGAAGAUGCAAUGACAUCACUUACCUCCGCCAUUUUGUUAGAGGACAAUUCCCUUCCAGAGUCGGACCAAAGUGACCCAGCCUCAGCUCCAGAGGAUCCUUUUCUCAGUGCCCUGUGUGUGGGCAUGGUGGAGCCCACCUCCCCCCGGGUUCCCCCCCAGUGAGUUGAGCCUGGAGGAGAGGGAGAGGAGGAAGAGGGAGAACCUGGAGAGGAAGGCCAGGAGCUGGGUUAACAGUGGUGGCAUGGGCAGCGGCAUGCUGUACUCACCUCUGACCUCCUACGUUACCGCGGAGACGGAGCUCAAGGAAAUU